GCCACACAAAGACGGGAGCAAGCCAUACAGAUUGACCCCCAACAAACCUGUGAUGAAGGCAGCAGCAAUGAGGGCUGCAGUGCCCACCCAGUCUGUGAGACCCACUACCAGGAAACAGAAGGAGUACAGUCUGAAGGCAUACUACCCAAGUAAGUUGGAUGGCAUGGAGUUAAAGAUCCUGGAGCAGCCAGAACCACAGCAUCGUGCCCGCUACCAGACAGAAGGCAGCAGGGGGGCCAUCAAAGAUGCCAGCCAGCAAGGGUUCCCUGUCAUCAAGCUGUAUGGCUACAACAAGCCGGCCAAGCUGCAAGUAUUUAUUGGAGACGAGUGUGGCCGGGUAAAACCUCAUGGCUUCUACCAGGCCUGCCGUGUGUUUGGCAAGAACUCCACAGCUUGUGUGGAGCAGGAGAUAGAGGAUACGACUGUCAUUGAGAUUGCAGUGCUGCCAGAGAAUGACAUGACUGUCAAGCUGGACUGUGUUGGGAUCUUGAAGCUGAGAAAUGCAGAUGUGGAGCGCCGAAUCGGCCCCAAACGAGCAAGGGAGAAGAAGAAGGCAAACACUCGGGCUCGGCUGGUGAUGAGAUGUCUGGUGGACAAGUCUGACGGCAACCAGCAAAUUCUGCAAGCUGUCUCCAACCCUAUAGUCUGCA